AUGUCCACCGUGACAAAGCAGCUCCGGAAGGCUGCACGCGUCAUUCUGAUCGGCGCACCGGGAGUAGGAAAAGGCACACAGUCCGAGCGACUGCUAGCCCGAUUCCCGCAAUUAGCUUCAAUCAGCUCGGGUGAUCUGUUGAGAGAGAAUGUGCGCCGACGCACACCCCUCGGCCUGGAAGCCGAGGCCGCAAUUCAGUCUGGCGAACUUGUCCCGGACUCGAUGAUCUUGAACUUGAUCUCCAACGAUAUGAAAUCCAAGGGCUGGCUCCUUCCGAAAUCCGAAUCCCCAGUACAAUCUUCCGCAUCUCUGUCAUCUUCUUCUCCGGCCGGUAUCCCCUCACCGGCUCACUCAGUCGAUGCCUCCGCCUCGUUCAUUCUCGACGGGUUUCCCCGCACGGCAGCACAAGCAACAAGCCUGGACGAGCUCGUGCCAGUGAACUUUGUCGUGCACCUUAUUACUCCGCCAUCAGUGAUUCUCGCCCGCAUCGCAUCGCGCUGGGUCCACGAGCCCUCAGGGCGGGUAUAUAAUACAGAUUUCCAUCCACCUAAGGUGCAGGGCAAAGACGACGUCACGGGCGAGGCGCUGACCCAGCGAGAAGAUGAUUCACUCGAAACAUGGACGCAGCGCCUAAAAAAGUUCGAGGAAACAAGCCAAGCCCUCCUGGAACACUAUGACCGUCGGCGGUGUCUCUUCCGAGUGGAGGGCGACAGCUCUGACGAGAUAUCUCCAAAGCUGUUUGCUGAAUUUGAGCGGCGGUUCUGCUAA